UACGUAUGGUCACAUGUCUCCGGGUUACUUUUUUGUUGCCCCCUCUCCCUUCUUACCAACCGUCUUCCUUGUACUCAACGCGGAAGCUUCGAGUAGUGAGUCAUGUCUGCGAUUCAUUCUGGUUGCCCCUACAAACCUGUGAGCCAUGUCAUUUUCGACAUGGACGGAUUAUUAUUAGACACAGAGCGGCUGUACACCGUGUCCUUCCAGGAAGUGUGCGACCGCUUUGGGAAGCAGUACACAUGGGCGGUGAAGUCGUCAGUGAUGGGUAAGAAGGCUCUGGAUGCUGCCCAGAUGAUCCGGGACGCUCUGGAGCUUCCUCUGACGGCCGAGGAACUCCUCGCUGAAACCAGACGGAUUCAAGAGCGGAUCUUUCCCUCCGCUGCACUCCUCCCAGGUGUGGAGAAGCUGGUGCAGCAUCUCCGUAACCAUGGCGUCCCCGUGGCGGUGGCCACCAGCUCGGCCGGCGAGACGUUCCAGCUGAAGACCAGCCGACACAAAGACUUCUUCGGCCUGUUUGACCACGUCGUCCUGGGAGACGACCCCGAGGUGAAGAACAGCAAACCUCAACCGGACUCGUUCCUCGUCUGCGCCGCCAGGUUCGACCCCCCGGCUGCUCCAGAGAAGGUAACCUCAGGGGUUAAAGAUAGGACACUAAGGGGUUAAAGAUAGGACAGGGUCAACCCCCCGGCUGCUCCAGAGAAGUGCCUAGUGUUCGAAGACGCUCCCAACGGCGUGAAGGCGGCGCUGGCGGCCGGGAUGCAGGUCGUGAUGAUUCCCGACGACAACAUGGACCCGGGUCUCACCCAGGAGGCUACGCUGCGACUCCGGAGCAUGGAAGCGUUUGAGCCGCAGCUCUUUGGCCUGCCAGUGUUUGACUGAUCCGGAAAACCUAAACCCUGACAUUUUAGAGACCAUGGAACUCAUCCAUUCAUCCAGAAAACAACCCACACGUGAAUCCAGGGUGAAAAUAUUCAGCAGUUAGGGUUAGGGGAACUUUAGUUUCAGGCCACCAGAGGGCAGCGUGGAUAUUUAACCCCCCGAUUUUAAUGUUUCCAUAUCAGACAUCCCCAAAAUAACAUGUAUGGUUCCAUACAAGGCUCUUCACGAGGUCUCUACGUUCAUUGGAUUCUAGGUGUUUUAUUUUAUGGCGUUAUCUUGACUACUGGUGAUAAUGGAAGUAUGUUAAAAUAAGGUCCAAAAACAUGAACUCAUGUAAAAACGGUGUCUACAAAAAGUGUAAAUGUCGAUCCUGGAGGAUAAGACAAGGGUUAAGUGGCCCUGAAAUCUGCGAGGUUUUACCUUGGGGGGGGGGUACUUCAUUUUAGGAACCCAAAGCAGAGAAUCAGAUGUUUUCUCCAUUUCAUCUCUACUAGACAUGCAGCUGAAGCAAAUAUCUUUCACUAUCCUCAUUCAUUUAAACGCUACAAAAAAGCCUUAAAAGUCUGGAGUUAGAACGUAUUACAGAGAGUUGUUUCUAUGGAGAUGAUAAACCGUCUUGUUGCAAUAGGAUCUGGAAAAUGUGGAAAAAAACCUGCCAAAAGGGUUGAAAAAAUGUUAAAUAAAGCAUCAAAAUUUGUCCAAAAAGUUCCAACAAAGGACCAGAACAUUAAAAAAGCAGCAACAAUGUUAAUGUCAAAGUGUCAAGAAGGCACCAAAAAUGUACAAAAAAAAAUAUUUAAAGUUUUCUUCUUUGAAAAAGCACCAGAUAAACAUCAAAUAAAGCACCAGAAAUGCAAAAAGGCGUCAGAGGAAAAGAAAUAGGGACCGGGAACCUGCGUUGUCAUCGGGCCCGACGGAUAGCGGCUGUUUAGGAACACUGUCCUUGGCAUUCAGUACAUUUAAUGGAAACUGUCUUCUUGAAAUUCUAAAUCCCCCCCCCCCCUUUUCAUCUCUGCCAUGUCUGCCUCAACCCUUAUUACAUGUCACAUGUGGCGCGUCCUCUGGCUGAGCAGGCUUUAACGGAGGAAGCUGCCUCUGAAGCCUGGUGCAUGGCUCCCCCAGGCUGCUGGAAUGGGAUCUCCCAUCAUCUGCACAUCCAUCCACUCCCCCCCCGCCCCCUGCCUUCCUGUGCUUUCAUCCUCAAAGUGGGGGUAUUCUCCUUGGCUGUUCUCCCUCUCUCCUCUCUCCUUUUGCUCCUGCUCUCUGUAGUUGUACAUGUUCUCCUGGCUCCUCCCUGCGCGGGCCUUUCAUCCACCACAGCGGGACUGUAGUUUCAAAUCUGUUUUAAUUUGGAUUUGAAUCAUCUGCGUGAAAAUAUUGCUGGGUCAGAUCUCAAAAAGACUCUAACAACAUGAUGUUCUGAUGUGCAAAUGGGUUAACUUUUCAUUUUCAAAUAAAGAAAUCAAUAACACAAACCCAGA